UCUCAUUAAAGAUAGCGGGGGCAUCGGAACGUUUGUUGAGGCUUGUUAGCGUUCUACACGGUCUUAUUUUGGGUGACAUAAAACAACAGCUGCAGAGCCUGUUGUCCGGUGUAGCCAAACACGCGUCACUUGGAACUAAUGCAAUGGAGCCUGCCUGCCGCAAAGACAAGCCAAAGCUGAACUCCACUCCAUCGAGAGACAGAUCCAGACAGAAAUCUGCUCAGCAAGAGCAGAAACAGAGGCAGAGACAGGAGAUCUAUGCUUUGAACAAGGUGAUGACAGAGUUGGAGCAGCAGCAGUUUGAGUCUUUCUGUAAGCAGAUGCAGUCACAGGGAGAGUAGAGUCCUCUUUCAUCUGGACAUUUGAAAAUCCUAUUACUGAUCAAAUGGUGCUUUAACUUUCUACCAUAAAAUGACAGUUCCACCUCACUUUUGGUUCUACAGGACAGCCCGAGUGUGCUUCCUGUGACCAACUGUGAAUAUAAUCUCACCUGCACCUCUGUGUGAGAGGCCAAACUCACUUCACCCUAUCUUCAUGUUUUCAGGUAGAAAAACUUUACAGUAGAAGUGCAAAAAUGUCUAUUAGGAAAAGUCAGUUCUGCUGCCUUUGUUCAGCCACUCCAACGUGUGCCGUUUGCCUUUACUUGUACGGAUUUUGUGGGAAAGAAAUCUGAACUCCAAAUAAUAGUUUCUGUUCAGGAAACGAAAACAUUACAUUUAGAUGUAGACAAUGGUAAGAAUUCUUUUAUAAGAUGCUAAAAUCUCUACAAAGACAUUCAUGUUUUGCACCAUUUUUGCAAAUUCAGUUAAUUUAAUAACAAUUACUACUAGAUUGCUGCAUAGUGUGAUGUGAAUGAUUUAAUUUAGUAAUAUGCAGACGUCAAUCAGAUCCUGUGACCAUAUACGUCCAAGGUGAUCCAAUCAUCUAAAUUCUUGUCUAUAAACUCGGGUGUUCAGGGUCUGUACAUAGAUCGAAAACAAAUCAUAUUUGAAAAUGAAGUAAGAAUGUAUUUGUGAGGUAUUUGAGGUCUCCAACCACCGGGCCAGGGAGCAGAAGUCCACACGGGAUUUUAUUUUUAAAAAAAAUUAUUUUAAUUUGUUCCUCUUUUCGAUGCUUGAUCAGUGUUUGUAUUUAUUUAAUGCAAGGAUGCGCCCUCAUAAUACCUGAAGCCAAAAUUGAUAAAAGACAGACGUCUUGGGAGAGAUUCUUUAUAAAGGGUGAAAGGUCAAAUGAUGAGACAACAGAAGAAUUCAAACUACCAUCAAAAUGAAAAGUUCACUUAAAAGUAAACACCCUUAAGGGUGUAAAUAAAAUAAUAAUAAUUUCAUCAAAAUUGUGUGCGUGAUAAUCAAGUUACAUUUGAUGCAUUUUUAUGUUUUGUAAUGUGUUGGUCUUGUGUAAAACUGUGUGGCUUCCUGGGAGCCACUGAUUUCCACUACAUCUUAGCAGACAUCCUCGGACCUGUUGUCAUUUCGUAGUAAACUCUUGGGUGGAUCUUGUGAACAGACAUGAUGUAAUUUGACUUAAAGUUGUUGUGAUGGGGCUGUAAGAAAAAUCAGUAUGGUAUGGAGGUAUUUAUUUCACAACUCUACUUGUAUCUUGAUGAAGGUUGUAAUGAAGUAACUGAAAAAGAACAGUGACACUUUUACUCCCCGGUACUUUGGAAAAGUUCAAAAUGCUCUUGGUAUUUAUUUAAUGUGUGUAUGGAGGGGUUGCAUGUCGAAGCCACCUUUGGCUACUUAAGGUCAAUUGUUUACACAGUCCAAUUUGUCAUAUGCCUUAUAGUGUUAACAAGGUGAAUAAAAUGAAGUGGUUUCUCAU